AUGGCAGACGAAUACAGCCACGCUCCCUCCGACGUCAACCCACCGGAGAUGGUGGCAAUCAAUGAGGCCCUCAGGGCCGAGAAUCAAAUGAUGGCCGAGCUCCUGCGUCAGAUGGAGCACGAUCACGCGAAAGGCGAACGCAAAAAUGCCGAACAAAAGGAAGACAACAACGAGCACUCCUCCGAGACCAAGCAAACUACUCCCAAAACGACAAAAACCAUAGUCAAAAGAACCAACCCCUUCACAAAAUCAGUUAUGAAUUUCAAAAUGCCCGAAAACCUCACACUACCGUCAACCCUAAAACCUUACCACGGAAUAGGAGACCCGAAUGUCCAUGUAACCAAAUUCUACACUAUGAUGUUCAUGAAUAAAGAAUCCGACCAUAUCCUGUGCCGAACCUUCCCGACCUUCUUAGACGGAGCCGCACUCAUCUGGUUUUCCAACUUGCCCGAAGGCUCCAUUUCAAGUUUUGACGAGUUGGCCGACCAGUUCGUCAACCACUUCACUGCCUCAAAAAUCUAUGUCCAUAACUCAGACUACCUGAGCACAAUUAAACAGGGACCAAACGAAAGUCUAAAAGACUACAUGACCAGAUUCGCAGAAGCAACUAAUGAGAUACCCAACCUGAACCCCGAAGUCCAUCUCCACGCCCUGAAAAGUGGCAUCUGCCCCGGGAAAUUCCAAGAGUCCAUUGUCAUAGCAAAACCUAAAACCCUGGCCGAGUUCCGAGAAAAGGCAACAACCCAAAUCGAGAUAGAAGAAUUCCGAGCACUCAGGAGGGCUGAAAAACCCACACAAAACAGGGAGGAAGACAAGCGAAGCAGACAUCCAACCAGCAGGACAGACCAAAGGCCAUUCAGACUGACACCCAAGUUCGACACAUACACUCCCUUUAACACAAAAAGAGAGGACAUAGUGAAAGAUAUACUACACUCCAAGCUCAUCAAACCACCAAGCAGAGCCGGCACCUACCAAGACCAGAGACACGUGGACAAAUCCAAAUACUGUGCUUUCCAUCAAAAGUACGGCCACACGACGGACGAUUGUGUGAUAGCAAAGGACGUGCUCAAAAAAUUAGCACGCCAGGGACUGCUGGACAAAUACAUCGACACACGAAGUCAAAGGAAAAACACCGAAGGCCUCGGCCACCAACAAAAAACAAUCGACAACCCCCGAGACAAGGGGCGAAAGGUAGAAAAUGAUAACAACCCACCCCGCCGAAUAAUAAAUUGUAUUUCCGGUGGUUUUGCAGGUGGAGGAUGCACGAGCUCGGCACGAAAGAGGUCAUACCGAGCCAUGAUGACUAUGACAGAAUCGGCAAUACCUCGACCGAACAACUCGAACAGACUUGCAAUAUCAUUCAACUCCGACGAUUACAAGGCCACUGACCGAAACCUAGACGACCCUGUGGUCAUUACUGCAAAAGUCGGGGAGCCCUUGGUCAAAAAGAUCCUCAUGGACCCAGGGAGCAGUGCCGAUGUAUUGUUCUACUCAACAUUCCAGAAAAUGAACUUAUGUGACAAACUCCUACAACCGUCAUCCGGAGAACUGGUAGGUUUCUCAGGCAGGCCAUCGUUGAAUGCGUUCAACGCUGUUGUUUCCACUGUACAUUUGUGUGUCAAGUUUAUUUCACAGGACAAUAAGGUGGUGACAAUCCACGGAGACCAGAAGGAGGCCAAACAAUGCUAUAACGCCAGUCUAAAAAACGAACAACCAAAACACCUCGACCAGCAAUAUGUCCAAGCAGUGUAUAACUCAGACCAGCUACCUCCCCUGGCAGACUUGGACCCAAGAACAAACAUCCAAGAACGGCCUAUACCCCUUGAUGACCUCACCAAAAUACAAUUGGCAAGCAACAAAGAUAGAUACACAUAUCUCGGAAACGCACUAAAAGAGGCAGAACAAACUCAACUGGUGGAACUCUUGAGAUAA